GCUCCCGGUGACGUUAGACGCGCCUUCGUUGAGCUGUUUUGCCGGAAGGAAAGAUGGCGGAUCACGAGGAGCAGCUAUCUGAUGAAGAGAAGGUGCGCAUUGCUGCAAACUUCAUCAUCCAUGCUCCACCUGGAGAAUUCAAUGAAGUUUUCAAUGAUGUGAGACUGCUGCUUAAUAAUGACAAUCUGCUCAGAGAAGGUGCAGCACAUGCUUUUGCACAGUACAAUUUGGACCAGUUUACUCCAGUGAAAAUUGAUGGGUAUGAGGAACAGGUCUUAAUCACAGAACAUGGUGACCUGGGUGGAGGCAGAGUCCUAGACCCCAAGAACAAGAUCUCCUUUAAGUUUGAUCACCUGCGAAAGGAAGCCAGCGACCCUCGUCCUCACGAUGUGGAGAGCAGCGUAGAGAGCUGGAGAAAUGCUGUAGACGCAGCUGUGCGCAACUACGUGAAGGAGCACUACCCCAGUGGGGUCUGCACCAUUUAUGGAAAAACUAUUGACGGACAUCAAACCAUCAUUGUGUGUAUUGAGUGCCACCAGUUUCAGCCAAAAAACUUCUGGAACGGUCGCUGGAGGUCAGAAUGGAAGUUCACUGUCACCCCUUCUUCCACCCAAGUGGCAGGGAUCAUGAAAAUCCAGGUUCACUACUAUGAAGAUGGUAACGUUCAGCUUGUGAGCCACAAAGAAGUUCAGGAACCUAUGACCAUUUCAAAUGAAGCUCAAACUGCAAAGGAAUUCAUCAAGAUCAUGGAGGCUGCAGAGAAUGACUACCAGACUGCCAUUAAUGAGAAUUACCAGGCCAUGUCAGAUACUACUUUCAAAGCCUUACGCCGACAGCUUCCUGUCACCCGUACCAAGAUCGAUUGGAACAAGAUUCUGAGUUACAAGAUUGGGAAGGAGAUGCAGAAUGCUUAAGCCACCCUCUCCCAAGCUUAUUGCAUGAUGGAUCGGUCCCUUUGUCCUUGUGUAAAGUUAAAUUGAUUUAAAAAGGUUGGCCUCAGUUGAAAUUUGACUUUAUAUUCAGAAUUUUAUACAGGUAUUCAUGGAACACCUAUUCACAGCUAUCUGUUUUAGACAGUGUUGCUCAAGAAAAUGAUACACCUUGUUGUUUUUCAACUGCUUUCAUGCGCAACGUUUAUUGUGGCACACAACUGUGCUGGUAAGACCUUUAUCAGUUGAUCAUGAGAAAAAAAACUUAAAUUCCCAUAAAAAUAAAAAUAUUUUAACAAAACUCUGUAGUGUAGGAUAAACAACUUUAAGAACAAAAAUAGGAAUCCUCUGAGAUACAGUUUAUUCCUUAGACAUAAGAAUGAGCUCUGAUUGUGUUGGCUCGCUGUCUUGUCCAUUCCCCACCGGAGGUCACACUUGCUGUGCACCUGCCCUUCAUCUCCCUAUGUGGAUGUGCCCUCCCUCUGUCAGAUUAAAAAGACACCAUUGAUAACUGCUCACUCUGGGCAAGUUGCAGGUUUACACUGUGAUGUAACAUGAUCAUGCAAGCAGCCACGGAGAGAAUGAAGCAAAGAAAAGCUUAAUUAAGUCAUUAAUUGCUAAUCUGAACAAAAUGCAGAGCUUCUGAAAGUGCAAAUAUUUAACAACUUGCAGCAAGAAUUGUAUUAAAUGGCCACACAUUCUCAUUUUUAUUGAAAUGGAUAUUACUGUAUAAUACUGAGGCACAUUGUAAUAUAUAUCUGUAUUAAAACUGUCUGACGGUUUGGUGAUUUAUUUCCUCUACAUGAACUGUAAUACAAUCUCAAUUAUGUUGCAUUAAAAGACAGAUUUUCUAUUUGAGUUGUAAA